GGCCAAGAGGGAAGAGCAAGGCCCCCCCCCCGAGAGCGCUUCUAGCAAUGUAACUAUUUUAAGCCAUAAAAAGUAGUACCCUCGCCUGAGUUUUCGACUGAAUUACUCAAUCCAAAUACCCUAGAUUUCUUUUUUCGAAAUUAACGUUCCUUAGCCUCUGUGCCUAGAUUCAUCGUUCGAUUUCUGGGUGGGUUGGUGAAUUCAAGAGAUGGACAUCGAACAAAAACAGGCAGAGCACAUCGAUUACUUCGUCAGAAUAGCCUCAACCCACAAGGGCGCAUCCUUGGCGAACCUCGUCGUUGAGGCCACUUCGCACCCUUCUCUGUUCGCCUUCUCCGAGAUACUCGCCGUUCCUAACGUUCUCGAGCUUCAAGGAACUGAGAACUCUAUUUAUCUUGAUCUGCUUCGUUUGUUUGCCCAUGGCACGUGGACUGACUACAAAAGUAAUGCUGGUUGUUUUCCCCAGUUGAUUCCAGAUCAAAUCCUCAAGCUAAAGCAACUUACUGUGCUUACACUAGCUGAGACAGCCAAGGUUUUGCCCUAUGAUGUACUGAUGCAGGAGUUGGAUGUAGCAAACGUACGUGAACUGGAAGAUUUUCUUAUUAAUGAGUGUAUGUACGUGGGCAUAGUUAGAGGAAAGCUAGAUCAGUUGCGGAGAUGCUUCGAGGUUCAAUUUGCAGCAGGCAGGGAUCUGAGGCCUGGCCAACUGGGGAAUAUGAUACAAACAUUAACAAGCUGGUUGACUACAUCAGAGAAUCUUCUUAUCUCGAUUCAAGAGAAGAUAAAAUGGGCAGAUACCAUGAGUGAGUUGGACAAGAAGCAUAGGAAGGAAGUUGAAGAGAAAGUAGAAGAAGUAAAGAAGUCCAUCUCCCUCAAGAAGUUACACACUGUAAGCAGGCCGAUAUUGACUUCCGAGGACAUGAGGAAAUCUACUCUGAACCUGGUGGAGUGAUGGACUAUGAGGAAGACCGAAGCCGACCCAAGAGGAGGCGGCAUCCAAUAUGAUGAUGAGAGAGAAUUGGACCUACAGGAUUGGUUUUUUGCCUGCCAACCCUCGUUUUGCUCAUGAAAUUGCAACAUCACAUGAUUGCUGGCUCUGGCGGCUGUCAUCUCGGAAAAUGAGCAUUUCUCUCAACCCUAGACCAAACUAAAAUGAUAGUUAAUUUGUAUUGGAACACCAUUAUGGUUAUUCAUAUUGAGUCAGUCAGAUUGAAUCCGGUAGUGCAGCUUAGAAAGUUGAGGAGCUAAUAUGGGGAAGCAAUAUUUUCUGCUUGUGUGCUUCAUUGCAUUGCAUGUAACUAACCAUAUUUUCAGCUAGUGUUGCGUUCCAUGUAACCUUACCUUCCAAGGUUGGAAACGCAUAAUACCGUUACUUCACAGGAAAAGGAGGAUAGCUGUUUUGUUACAGUA